AUGAUCAAGUUACAUUACUGCUUACUCAUUAAACAACGUCAUCAACAAUUUAACAAGCUACAUAUUUAUGAACAUCGUCCGCUGGAGAAUGAUUCAUUCCCACCACCGCCUCCACAAGCAGAGACUCCUUCAUGGCGGCCUUCACCUUGGUUGGUUCCGUUACCGGUCCACUGCAUAGCUGAAUCCGUCAAGAACCAACUCCCGGUGCUGCAAUACCAAGAAACUCUCAUGAAAACACGAAGGCAAGCAGAAGCAGAAGAACAGGACUGCCACGUGAACAUGUGCAUAGUGUGCAUGGAUAGCAUGGAGGAAGGCCAAGCGGUGAGAGAGCCAUGCAAUUGUUCGCAUGGUUUUCAUAAGGAGUGCCUAGAUGUCUGGAUUGAUCAAGGUCAGCUAACAUGUCCUCUCUGUAGAUCGGAGCUAUUACCUAAAACUUGUAGUACUUCCCCAAACUCAAAAGAUAAGGAUCCAUGGAGGAAGGAGAGGAUGGUUUACUUGUUUGGUGAUGAUUACUUCAUGAGCUAG